AAACUGUUCAUUGUUGUCUUUUGUAGAAACCAAAGCCAAAGAUUUCUGCAUCUCGAAGACUGUUCUUGAAGACCAAACUGCUAAAGAAAGCCAUGACUAUGCUGGAGAGUGAAAAGCAAGUCAGAAAAGACGAAAGAGAAAGAACCCUUGCUGAGAGAGUCCCAUCCCUCCAAAUGUCAGGCCUGUCUGUACAGGAUCUACAGACCCUCUGCAAAGAACUACACCAGAAAAUAGAUGUGGUAGAUGAAGUGCGGUAUGACAUUGCUGCCAAAGUGACGAAAAAUGAUAAAGAGGUACAGGACCUGUCUCAGAAGAUCUUUGAGUUAAAGGGGAAGAUGAAGAGACCAAACCUGAGGAGGGUGAGGGUUUCUGCUGACGCCAUGCUGGGAGCUUUGCUGGGCUGUAAGGUCAAAGAGUCUGUGGACUUCAAGGCCAACCUCAAGACUGUGAAGAAGGAGGAGGAAAAGAAAGAGGAAGUGACUGACUGGCGUAAGAACGUGGAUGCUAUGUCUGGGAUGGAGGGCAGAAAGAAGCUGUUUAAUGCUGGACAGUAGAUUUAUAAGUAUAUACCUUUGGGAAAUGUGCCAGCUGCUUUACAACAGGUACAAGUACCACCUAAUCAUGUGACUGUUGUUCAUUUAAUAAUGACAGGUAAAAAGGAGACCCAACAAUCAGGUGGUUCUGGCAAGUUCAUGUUUCAACUGUUUGUGAAAAUGGCAGUACUGAACAUAUUAACGUCAUAAUUGAGGAAUACAUAUUGUUUUUGUACAUAAUGGCAUAAUGCUAACUGUAUUAUGAAAAACCUAUGUAUUUAAGGAUGUAUACUGUUUUUGCAUACAAUAAACAGAGGGAAUACAGAUGUUUUAUUAAGAAUUUUAAUAAGGCAUUUUAUCUGGUGUAUUAGGGAAGAUAAUAAAUACACACAAGGACAGUUUAAAGGUCCUUUAAAUCUGGCAGUCAAGUCUGAAUGGAGUCACGUUGAAGUGAUAAUCCUCAGAAAAGACUGUGGAAUUAAUAAAAUAUAUGCUGACAAGGAAUACAUGUGCAUCAAAUAAUAAAACGGUCAUAACUGCAGAAA